CUCCACACCGCGCGGUUUGUUUUCCGCGAGUGUCCGCCGUGGUCGCGAGUUGUGUUUUGUGGAAGUUUCGCGAAAGUUUCAAGAGUUUUCCUGGAAAGUGAUUCCGUGUGAAAAUGGCCAAAGCUCGGACCACCUUUCUCGAGGCGGACUCGUCCCUGAUGGAGCGCAAUCUGCGUUUUGUGCGGGAUGAAGCGCAAGAGGAGUUCAACAACAUGUUCGGACCGAUCGUCGAGCAGGCCCAGGACAUCAGUGCCGGGCGGAGCAAGAUCGUGAAACCGUUGCCAGGAUUCUGCCUGAAGGCGUUCAAGAAGGAAUCGAAGGAAAAAUUCUUCAUCAACCUGUGCCAAACCGACGGUAUCCCUGCGCCGGAGGACAUCACCGAUGACCAGCUGAUGGCCAUCCUGAACGAUGGCACGCCGAGCCAGUUCAAGGUUCCGAUGAGCAUCUCCCAGCCGCGUCCCAUGAAGGACAACUCGGGCACCGAGUGCCAGGUGUGCGACAUUGCCGUAAACUGUACCUUCUUCAAAAAGGUCGAAACCGGCGGGUUGAUGCAGGAUUUCCUCAUCACGAUCGUGUUCGAGGGCAUCGACAGCAAGUACGGCAUCCGGUUGGACGAGCUGGACUGGCGCGUGCUGAAGAACAAGAAGUUUGUGGACAAGCUGAUUGCGCACAGCGUGGCUAACCGGGACGUGAAGGCGGUUUACGAGAGUUACAAAAAUCCUACGCCGGAGGACAUGCUAAAGCUGCGUGAGUUGGACGGCUUGAGCAGUGGAGGAAGCGGGGAGAUGAAGCCGAAGAAACCGCUGAUCGAGGAGAUUGACCCGGUCGCGAUCAAAGCGAUGAAAAAUGACAAGAACAAAACGUCCGGAAAGGAUGCGGCGGUGUACGUGCCGGAUCCGACCAAGGUGGCGAUUUCGCAGGCUUCGUGCAAGAAGCCCGACUGUCGGUUGUUUCGCGAGCCGGCCACCGGCCGGGCCAAGAUGCUGAUUGGCGAGUUUUAUCUGCCGGAGUGUACAUCGGUGAAGGAAAUCACACUGGACGUGGGUGAGGACCGAAUUCUGCUCGAGGCCCGCAAGAAGGGCUACCUGUUGGACGCUUUUGUGGAUUACACGAUCGACAGCAGCAAAGUGCAGGCGAAAUUCAACACAGAGUCAAAGAUGCUGAACGUAAUCAUGCCGAUUCUGGCGGCGUAAGCACGACGGCAACGGAAGGUAAGCGGAAACAGAUUCUGCGUCAAGCUACGAUAACACUUUACUAGAGAAUAGAUAUAUUCUAGAGUACUUUUUCAAAAGGUCCUAUGCGCCAAAAGUAAACAAACUGAGUUAUUCAAUGCAUGACGGUCUGCAUAUCCGAAACUACACUAUCCUCAAACCCGAUUUCUUCUAAGUAUUUAAUUUUUAAAAAUAUUAGCGAAAUGCAAAAUAACCUAUGAGCAUUCUCUUAAAUUUUUAUACAAAAUAAUUUACGUCGUUUUACCUCUCAGUGUCCUAUGUGCAUUCAGUAAAAUGAUGCACAUACGACAAUAACAAAUCAACCUAUGUACAAUUUUAAAUAUAUUUCAAUCAUUAUGCACAUACGCUAAUAUUAUAACGACGUAUGUACGCAUUUUAUUGAAUAAUUAGAAAGUAAUGAUAGAUUUUUUUAUAUCCAUAUAUCUUUUUAAAAAUAAUGUUUGUCUAGGAUCCGGUUAACGUGCAGACGUCAGCUGUAAGAGAGU